UGUAAAAUUUUUAAAAUGAAAUAAUUAAAUCGCGGUUUAUAAUAAUGUUCUUUGAAAAUCAGUCUGCUAAAUUUUGAACUUUUAUAAGUUACUCUUUGAGGAAAUCAAGAUCAUUGUAGGAGACAAUGAGUAAAAAUAAAAUUAUUAUGAACAGCUACAGCUAUGAACUCUAUCGCGCAGAGGUUUAUCUCCAAAAAUAAUCAAUAUAGUCAAAGCCGUGUACAACAAUUUUAUAUGUCGCAUUCUCUACUGUCUACUGUCAGAACCAUUUCAAGUCCAUACUGGAGUGCGACAGAGAUGUUUUUUGUAGCCUAGAUGAAACUAUGCGUGCUUUAAUAAACGGAAGCUGUGGAAUACAGUGAACACAGUUUGUACAGCUGGAAGAUACUAAAUACGCAGAUGAUGGAUACUUAACAACUCAUAUAUUGAGUGAUUUGGAAACGAAUAUCAAUAAAUUUGGGAUCAAUAGGAAAUCGCUGGUGCUUAAGUUGACGAAGAAAACUUAGAGUGCGUGUAAAACUUUAUGUAUCUGGGGAGUGUACUUACAGCUAGAAGUGGUCCACAAAGCAAAUUCUACCUUCAAUAUGCUGAGGAACAUAUGAAAAUCGAACCAAAUAUCUCGUAAAACGAAACUCCAUCUUCGAAUCAAAUAUAAAAUUUGUAUUCUUCUAUAGCUGUGAAACAUGAAUACUUGGUAUAAAAUGACCUGAAAGAAUAAGAAAUAAAGUGGUACACAACAAGAAACCGUUUCAGUUCAGAUUGGUCGACGCAAGUGGCGAUGGAUUGGUCACACACUUUGAAGACCUGCGAACCAUCAAGAACAGCACUCAAAUGGAACCUCCAAGGUUUUCAUCAACACAAACUUGACGCAAAGAAAACCAUAAUGCAAAUUAUAACUGGAAUGAUAUAUGCCGCGAAGCACCCAAUAGAGUUAGGUUUCGAUCAACGUACGAAAACAUGGAAAUUAAAAAUGGCAACUUAUGAGGAAGUUAAAGACAUUCCAAAUCAUCCAGAGAAAUAUUUAAUUGAUGUACGAAACAGAGAUGAGAUUGCGAAUACCGGUUCUAUUCCAGGAAGCAUUAACAUACCAUUGCCUGAAUUACAGGAAGCUUUAACUGGAGGUGAUGCCAGUUUUUUGGAAACUUAUGGACGAGAAAAACCAGCAAUGGACGCUGUAAUUAUAUUCACAUGUCAGUCUGGUCGACGUGCAGCGAAUGCUACUGCUAUUGCUACAGAUCUCGGUUAUAUUAACUCUAAAAGCUAUCCUGGAUCAUGGUUGGAAUGGUCUCAAAGAGAAGGACUUUAAAAAUUAAUUAAAACAACAAAAUUGAAUAGAAAUGAACUAAAAUAAAUUUCUAAAUAUUAAAUUGUUAAUGUAACAAUAACUUUAAUUAAUAUUUAUAUCACUACUAUUUAAUCAACAAUAAAAAAUAUAUACACAACAUA